CGAACUACGCAUUGUUCGACAAGUUCGCUAAGGAGUGCUCCAGCACAUUGCUAUGUGUUAUGCACAGGCUGGGGCACUGUAAUGGCAACGUGACGUUGGAAAAUAUAAUUCGACGUCACGUUGAAACGCGACAACAGAAUAAAGCGUUUUUUGAAAAUGAUGCGGGGGGUCAUAUAGCUGACUUCUUGCGUCAAAGAGAAGUUGUAAGACACGUAGCCAGGGUUGAGCCGCUACCGCCUCGUCGUGCGGCGCCUCUUGAGCGAAACUACGGGGCGAGACGACGACGCGCAGAAGAGGAGCUUCAAGGUGCCGUAGCAGCCCGAAGACCACGAAUUGAAAUCGCGGACUUAGUUGCGGAGCCACCAUCACCUCGAUACACCCCCGUCGGUGAAUCAUCAG